CUCGGUUUUCUGAGUCUACUCCGCACGCAAACACCCUCAAUAAGACGAGGAAGAUACGGUUUGGAGCACUCUGUAUUCAGAAAACUUGACGACUUUCUUGUUCGUGAAUAUCGCAACUGGAUAUAUUCUUGCUCCAAGUGAGAAGUCAUCUCUUUGUUCCUCUUCAUCCCGCCUGAAGCUUCUGUGGCUGUGCGAUUCAACAAGGGCCAAGACCAGGCAACAGCAAAAGCAACAGUAGCGCACGAAUAUUGCUUAGACCAGAAGGUAGUGAUUUAUCCAGUUCGAGGUAUUUCCUGAGUUCUCUGACCACUGCUUCUGAGAAGAUAGAGACCAUUUUAAUGAGGGUAUGAUAGCAUACCUUAGAGUAUCACAUGAGGCGCUGUUCGUCAUAAUCAUGCUAACAAACAGGUCGCACUCCUGUCUGUUCUCAAUAUCAGGUCUAUGUGCCUUGCGUCACUAUCAGCACAUUACGGAUCUUCGAAAGAUUAUGCAUUUCAGAACAAAAUUUAGGUUACCGGAGAACUUUCAAAAUGAUGAGUGCAGAGUAUUAGCAGUUUGAGAUAAAGAACUAUUGCCGGGGAAUAUCUCGAACAAUCUGAUUAGAAACGCUUUACUUGCUAUGCGGGCACUUAUCGCAGAUGAAGAAUUUGUAAGAGGACUUACAGAUCGACUAUUCGAUGCACCACUGAGUGUUCCCACGUGGAUCUCCAGCAUAUUGUACUUUCAGGUCGUGGCAGACUUGUUACUGUGGGCCAAUAAAUACUCAGCACGUCGAUAUCCGUUCUUAUUUGCGUUGGAAUAACAUAAUAAACCAAUCCGCGAGACAUGUUUAGUCAUCUGCGUGAUAAAUCCCAAGUUAACUAUCCCCGUACCUACUACUGUACUAUGAAGGAUGUCGGGCGUGCCGACUCGCUGAUGGCCUGCAUCACAUCUGCAUCGGGAUCAGAUAACCAUUUCAGGAAAGCUUAUACCUAGCC